AGACAGGAAUCUCUAAUUUAUUGCUUGCUGAGUGUUCUGUCUGGUGAAAGUCAUGUCAUCCAUAUUGCCAUUCACUCCACCAGUUGUGAAGAGACUUCUGGGGUGGAAAAAAUCUGCUGGUGGCUCUGGAGGGGCUGCUGGUAGUGAGCAGAAUGGUCAGGAGGAAAAGUGGUGUGAAAAAGCAGUGAAAAGCUUGGUCAAGAAGCUAAAGAAAACAGGACAGCUGGAUGAGCUUGAGAAGGCAAUUACCACUCAGAAUUGCAGUACAAAAUGUGUGACCAUACCAAGCACUUGCUCUGAAAUUUGGGGACUGAGUACACCAAACACGAUAGAUCAGUGGGAUACAACAGGCCUUUACAGCUUCUCUGAACAAACCAGAUCUCUCGAUGGCCGUCUACAGGUAUCUCAUCGUAAAGGAUUACCACAUGUUAUUUACUGUCGUUUGUGGCGCUGGCCAGAUCUUCACAGUCACCAUGAACUUAAAGCAGUUGAAAACUGUGAAUAUGCUUUUAAUCUUAAAAAGGAUGAAGUAUGUGUAAACCCUUACCACUACCAGAGAGUGGAGACACCAGUCUUGCCUCCUGUACUAGUGCCACGGCACACUGAGAUUCUAACAGAACUACCACCUCUCGAUGACUAUACCCAUUCCAUUCCUGAAAACACUAACUUUCCAACUGGAAUUGAACCACAGAGCAAUUACAUACCAGAAACACCACCUCCAGGAUAUAUCAGUGAAGAUGGAGAAACAAAUGACCAGCAGUUGAACCAAAGCAUGGAUACAGGAUCUCCAGCAGAGCUGUCUCCUAGUACUCUUUCUCCAGUUAAUCAUAGCCUGGACUUGCAACCAGUUACUUACUCGGAGCCUGCGUUUUGGUGUUCAAUAGCAUAUUAUGAAUUGAAUCAAAGAGUGGGAGAAACCUUCCAUGCAUCCCAGCCUUCCCUGACUGUAGAUGGCUUUACAGAUCCUUCAAAUUCAGAACGAUUUUGUCUAGGUUUGCUUUCCAAUGUAAACAGAAAUGCUACAGUGGAAAUGACAAGGCGACAUAUAGGAAGGGGAGUACGUCUCUAUUACAUUGGUGGAGAAGUUUUUGCUGAGUGCUUAAGUGAUAGCGCAAUUUUUGUUCAGAGCCCCAAUUGUAAUCAAAGAUAUGGCUGGCAUCCUGCAACUGUGUGCAAAAUUCCACCAGGAUGCAAUCUAAAAAUCUUUAAUAACCAAGAAUUUGCUGCUCUUCUGGCUCAAUCUGUGAAUCAGGGCUUUGAAGCAGUUUAUCAGCUUACUAGAAUGUGUACCAUAAGAAUGAGUUUUGUUAAAGGAUGGGGAGCUGAAUACAGGCGGCAAACAGUAACAAGCACUCCUUGCUGGAUUGAACUUCAUCUGAAUGGACCUCUACAAUGGUUGGACAAAGUAUUAACUCAGAUGGGCUCCCCUUCAGUACGCUGCUCCAGCAUGUCAUAAAACUCCUUCCUCUGUUACCAGUGGGCUAAAUAUCAAGUCCAAUCAACAGACUUAAUAUAACAGUUCAUCUGUCAUAGUACUUGUGUGUGGUCCCCAUGAACUGUUUACCAUCCAAAAAUGUUUUGUAAAAA